CGCGGCUUUAAAAUAACAUUUGAAGCACAGUUAUUAUAAUCACAGUCACUAUGACUACUAAGCUGUGUAAAUAGCAUCAGUAGUCUACAAGGCCAUUUAUUUUUUAAACGCACCUCGUAUUAUAUACCAAUAAAUUGUAUAAGAUUUCAUUGAAGCAGUUUAUCUGCAUUGUUGGUUGCCUAUCACCGCGUCUACUUUUAUUAAUGGAAGUACCCAGUAAUACUAUAAAAUAAAAAUCGCGUGGUACCUUGUCUAGGACCUCUAGGGUGGCGUUUGUUUUUAUUUUAUUUUUGCUUAUAAAAAAUGUCCAGAAAAAAUGGUUUCGCCCAUUGCUCCAACCAUAACUCAGAUUGUCAAAACGCAGAAGUAUGUCUGGCUUUAUACAGAAAAUCUUUGAAAUCCAAGGAUAUGGACCACGAAGGUACACACUUCGAUGGCCAGUACCCUCAUAUAUUUGUUACUUUGGGAGCUUCUGGUGAUUUGGCUCACAAAAAAAUCUACCCAACCCUGUGGUGGCUAUACAGAGACAAUUUACUACCCACCAAUAUUCAUUUCAUUGGUUAUGCUAGGAGCAACACAACAAUAGAAAAUAUAAGAACAAAAUGUGAACCAUUUAUGAAACUGAGAAAGGGUGAAGAACAGCGAUAUGAGGAAUUUUGGAAAUUAAAUUAUUAUAUUUCUGGAAAAUAUGAUGUGAGAUCAGACUUUGAAAAAUUAAAUCAAGAAAUUAGUCUUUAUGAAAAAGGACCUGUGGCUAAUAGACUAUUUUAUUUGGCUUUGCCCCCUUCAGUUUUUGAAAGUGUAACUGUUUUAAUUAAAAAUACAUGUAUGGCUGAAAGAGGUUGGACAAGAGUUAUAAUAGAAAAGCCAUUCGGUCGUGACUCAGCCAGUUCUCAAAAAUUAUCGGACCACUUAGGUUCAUUGUUCACUGAACAACAAAUUUACCGUAUUGACCAUUACUUGGGCAAAGAAAUGGUGCAAAAUCUCAUGACAUUAAGAUUUGGAAAUAGAAUUUUUGGUCCAGUUUGGAAUAGAGACAACAUAGCAUCCAUUCAAAUUACUUUUAAGGAACCAUUCGGAACUCAGGGUAGAGGAGGAUAUUUUGAUGAAUUUGGAAUUAUUAGGGAUAUUAUGCAAAAUCAUUUGUUGCAAAUUUUGACCUUGGUCGCUAUGGAAAAACCUGCAACAGUGCAUCCUGAUGAUAUUAGAAAUGAGAAGGUGAAAGUUUUGAAAAGCAUUAGAGAAUUGACUCAACAUGAUGUAGUAUUGGGACAAUAUGUGGGCGAUCCUAAAGCUGAAGGUGAAGCCCAAACUGGAUAUCUAGAUGACCCUACAGUACCUAACGACUCUGUAACUGCUACUUAUGCUGCCGCAGUACUAAGGAUCAAUAAUGAAAGAUGGGAUGGAGUACCCUUUAUUUUGAAGUGUGGAAAAGCACUUAACGAAAGGAAAGCAGAAGUUAGAAUUCAAUUUGAAGAUGUACCAGGAGAUAUUUUUGACGGCAAAGCAAAAAGAAACGAACUAGUUAUAAGAGUACAACCAGGUGAAGCUUUGUAUGUAAAACUUAUGGUCAAAACACCAGGUAUGGCCUUCGAUAUGGAAGAAACUGAACUUGAUCUUACUUAUGGACACAGAUAUGCUAAUGUAAAAUUGCCUGACGCCUACGAAAGAUUGAUCCUUGACGUUUUUUGUGGUUCCCAAAUGCAUUUCGUUAGAUCAGACGAACUUAGCGAAGCCUGGAGAAUAUUUACGCCUUUAUUGCACCAGAUUGAAGAAGAGAGGAUUAGGCCCACACCUUAUGUCUUUGGUAGUCGAGGGCCUAAAGAAGCCGAUGAGUUGCUGAUGAAAAAUAAUUACAGCUACUCGGGCUCCUAUAAAUGGUACAAGUCCAAUAUGUAGUUUGUUUUUCGACAGGGGGUAAAUCUACAUUCCUUUUAUUUAUAAAUAAUAGGUAUAUUCAGAUUGGUAUUUAUUUGAACUGUUUUAUAAGGUUUUGGUUUUUGAUACAUUCAGAAUUAUGUUUUCAUUGUUGCAAAUGCAGAGGUUUUAUUAAUAAAAACUAAGUUAUUUUGUUUAA